UGCCGCACGUUCGUGGCAUGUGUUUCGUUCGUUCGUUUGGCUUGCUGUAGUGUAAGCAAUUUGGUUAUUCGGUUCACGUUUGUCAUAAAAAUCAAGCAAAAAUACACAAAACUAAUAAGAGCAACACACACACGUGCAAAUACAUAUGUAUGUAUAUACGCCAAAACUGAUUUGUGUGCUGUGCAGUGAUAACGAAAAACAAUAAAGUGAAAAAAAAUCUAAAGCUGUGCAAACUCCCCAAAAGUAUAACCAAAACUAACACAAAAAGUACGAAAAUCACUAUAUAACGGUUAUUAAAAAGCAAACAAAAAUAGUUACAGUGUUGCAUGUGACAAAGCAUGGAUUCUAACGCCGCUGAUGCACAAUCGAUCACAAGUGAACACAGUGUUGCCUCGUCUACCUCCUCAGCGCUGCAUGGCGCCGUAUUAGCGGCUGUUAAGCGCGAACGUUCACCGACACCGGUCCACAACAACAGCAAAACAAUGAACACCAUUUCAGUGGCCACCAAUCUGACAAACAAUAAUCACAAUAGUAAUAACAACAACAAUAAUAAUAACAAUAGUCCACGUCACAACAAGCUGAGUCCCAGCUAUCAUCACAAUAAUAAUAAUAACAACAGCAUACUGUUGGCGCACGGCAUGAAUCCGACAGCGCUGCUAAUGCAUCAUCAGCAACAGCAGCAGCAGCAGCAACAACAGCAUCAACAACAACAACAUCAACAGCAGCUAAAUGGUUCACGUGAUGGCAAUAGCAGCCGCGGUGGUAGCGGUCCCGGCGGCAGUGGCGCUGGCUCGCUGAGCGGUAGCAUAGGCGACGAUCGUCCCUCGAACGGCCGGCUCUCGCAUACCGGUCGCGGUUCCAGCUGCUCGCCGGCCAGUUCACCGACACGCCAUCCCAACGCCGUAAGUCCGGUGACAUCGCUCAAUCAUACGAUGAUGCAACAAAUGCAACAGCAACACCAUCAACUUAGUCCACCGCCACAUGUGACGGGCGUGCCGACACCGAAUGGCCUGCCCGCUGGUUUACCGCCACGCAUGCCACACGGUUUGCCACCACAUUCGCUCGGCUUGCUCAAUUCGCUGCAAAUGAUGCAUCAUGCUUCGCCGCUGGAGCUGAUGGCGGCCGCCCAUCAUCAUGUGCCGCCGCGCUCUUACAAUAGUCCGCCACCGAUUUCCACAUCGGAUCCCAGCGCUAACGAAUGCAAGCUGGUCGAAUAUCGUGGCCAGAAAGUGGCCGCCUUCAUUAUUAGCGGUGACACGAUGUUGUGUCUGCCACAAGCUUUCGAGCUAUUCCUCAAACACUUGGUGGGUGGUCUGCAUACGGUCUAUACGAAACUGAAGCGUCUAGAUAUUGUACCGUUGGUGUGCAAUGUGGAGCAAGUGCGUAUAUUACGCGGUCUCGGCGCCAUACAGCCGGGUGUUAAUCGGUGUAAACUGCUCGCCUGCAAGGACUUCGAUAUUCUCUACAGGGACUGCACGACUGCCAGAUGCUUAUCGAUCAAGCCACCUGAGAGUAACUCUCUGCAAUUCCGCAGUUCCAGACCGGGUCGACCGCCAAAACGUGGCCCCGUCGGUUUGUCGCUGCCGCCCACACACCUGUCGCAACAUCCGCAGUUGAAGAAGCAUCGACUGGAUAAUGGUGACUACGCAUACGAGAAUGGCCAUAUUGCUGAUUUGAAUCGCUUGGAAAAGUCACCACUACUCGCCAAUGGCUACAAUCCCCCGCCCAUCAAUCAUAUGGCCUUCAUGCAAAUGAAUCACCAUCCCGGCACGGCAUUAAUGUCACCCGGCAUGCCGCCACAUGGCUUACACGCUCGUCCCGACAGUCAAAUGCUGAAAGCCGCCGCUCAAGGCGGCAUGUCCGCGGCGAAUAUGGACGCAUUGGCGCGUUCCGGCAUUUGGGAGAAUUGUCGCGCUGCUUAUGAGGAUAUUGUUAAACAUUUGGAACGCUUACGUGAAGAGCGCACUGAUGAACGUCAGCAAAUGAAUAGCGGUGGUGGCGUUGGCAAUGAGCCGAAGAUACGCGAUCUAAGCUCACGAAAUUCUGGUUCGCCGAGUCGUCAAAGUCCCGUACUGAAUCUCUCGAAAUCCGGCGGCAAUACCGAUCAAGGCAGCAAUUGUGAUGACCGCAGCGAACGCAGCGAAAUGCAUUCGCCAGUGCAUUCGGUGCGCGAUGGCAGCGUCGGUGGCGGCAGUCAGGGUGUGAUUGGCGUGGAGGACGACGAUGACGAGAAUCUGAGUGAUGAUAAUGCGUCAGAAGUCGACGAACGCUGCGCCAAAGAUGAAGAAGACUUAAGUGAUACGGAACGUGAUAAUAUAACGUCGUCGGCGGCGUCACAACGUCAUCAUCCACUGCAUCAUCACCAUCACCACCAGCUACAUCAUGGCGCCAACAGCAAUGCCAUGGGCGUGGGCGAACGUGGCGGUGUAGCGGGCGGACCAGGCGCCGGUGUUGGUGUAGGUGUCGGUGUUGGCGGCCUUGGUGUUGCCGCCGCCGCAGCUGCCGCCACCGCUGCUGGUCUCAACGAACGCGACGUACUCAACACGCAUGCGGCGUUACAACAAUCACCCGUCUCUACACACAAUGCGGCCGCCGUCGCAGCGUUGCAACAACAUCAUCAGCGUGCGCUCAACUAUUCACAUUUGGCAGCGGCCGCAGCCGUCGCUGGCGGUGCCGCUGGUGGGCCCGGUGCGAAUGCUGCCCUCACCAAUGGACCUGGCUCCGGUGGCGCUCUUGCCGGCACAGAAGCUCUGCUGGCAGCCAACGAUGCCACGGCCGCUGCUGCUUUGGCUGGUGGGCUAGCGCUCGGUCCACUCGCUAUGGAAUCGCAUGGGGUGCCAUCGUCAACGGAGGCGUUGCUGUGCAAUAUACAGACUUUACUGAAAGUGGCUGUGGACAAUUCAAGACAGCAGGAGCGACAAAUCACCUAUGAAAAAGCGGAGCUCAAAAUGGAUGUUUUGCGCGAACGCGAAGUCAAAGAUUCAUUAGAUCGGCAAUUAGCUGAUGAACGGAAACUCAGAGUUUUGUAUCAGAAACGCUACCGUCGCGAGCGUAAAAUGCGCAUACGCUACCAACAGCAGCUGGACGGUGGCAAACGAAAACUGACACACCCAUCAAAUGCGGGUGGCAGCAGUGGUGGUGGCAGUGCCAACAAUGGCGGUGCCGUCGGGCCCAAUGCCAAUGAGGAGGGACGCAGCAGCGUGGGCGGUGAAUGCAAAAAUAAUAGCGGCGAAGCAGUGACACGUAAAACGGAACCAGAUAACGAUUGCAAAUCGAGCGAAAAGUCUGAGAAGUCGUUGAAUUCCAAUGAUGGCUGUUCGCUAACGCAGCAAACCCAAAAUGCACAACAACAACAACAAUCACAGCAAACGCAGUUACAACAACAACAGCAUCACCAAUCACAAUCCCAAUCAUUGUCACAUCAUCAUCUACAACAACAACAGCAACAACCACUGCACCUGAGGCAACGUUCGGAAAGUCCCAGUUUUAAACGUGAACCACACUCGGAUCGUGAUAGUCCGCUCGUCGGCCGUCGUAGUGUCGAUCGUUUGGAGCGUUGCGAUCGUGAUCAUGCCGAACGUGAGUCGCGUGAACAUUGCGAACGCUCAGAACGUGAUUGUGGCGACACCGCGGCCAUUGAGCGUUCACUGAGCAUGCCACCCACUUCACAGGCGGAGAGCAGUUUAGCGGCGGCGGCCGCAGCAGCUGCUGCAGCGGCUGCAGCUAGUGGUGGCAAGGCACCAUGGAACUAUCCGGGCAUCGAUUUGAUGGCCACUGGCGCCUUUUGGCAGAACUAUUCCGAGUCCUUGGCGCAAGAAAUCGAAUUGGAGCGCAAAUCGCGCGCUGCCAAUGCCGAACGUGAUGUGAAGAGUCCAUUAACUGAGCGCCCACCAGCGUACUAUAAGAAUUCGAUGCUCUUCGGCGGUGCAAACUAAAGAGUAAACUGAAAUACUUGAAGGUUGUACAACAAAGUGAGUAUUUCAAAGACGAUGCAAGGGGGAAUACAUACAUACAUAUGCAUAUGUAUAGGUGAUUUACCGACGGUCCCUGCGUUAUUUCGUGCAUAAUACAAAGCAGUGAAAAUCACAAGUAGCGAGCGGGUAUUAUAAAAAUUGUUAAGGAUGAGAGAAUAUUAGUUAUAUUGCAGUAAUGAUCUCAAGGUGUAAACGCGAAAAUAAUAAAAAUGGGAGGAGAGCGCGUUUGGAGCAAAAUUGUAGCAGCACAAUACCAAGAAACCUAUGGAAAAGCAAGAAAAAUAGCAGUAAAACGCAACUGCUUUGGAAAUUUCGUAGCAGUAAUUAGUAUACGACAGAGAGAGCGCAACCGAAAGUGCGUAGAAAUAAUGAAAAAAUAUUUGUGAAUAAUAAAAAAUAUAGGAAUUUUAAAAAGCAUUUACGAGUAGAGCAAAUAGCAGUACUUACUAAACUAGUUACCAGUGGAACAUAUGCGAGCGAGGAAAUAUAAGUAUAUAGUAGUGUAUAUAGACAAAAGCCAAUAGGUGGCAACUUUUUUUUUUUAAUAUGUUGAUAUUUAUUUGUAAAUUUGCGAAAAUUAAUUUAAGAAAAGCUUAGCGAAUUCUUUCUGCGGUUUAUAAAUACUUAACUAAGUACUACUUGAAAAUGCGCAAGUAAAGGAAAAAUACUUGAAAGUAACUAGUAGCCAUAGAUAUAUAAGUGCUUAUAUUUACAUAUGUAUGUAUGUAUAUCACUAUGUAUUUGCAUAUGUAGUACAUAGAGUAUGUUUAUUUAGACGUUUUUGAAAAGCGUGCUAAAUUAAGAUUAAUGUUCACACACACAUACACACAUAUGUAUAAGCCUACAUAUGUAUGUAUGUAUAUUUAAUUAGAUAAUUAGUUGUCUAAGCCAGUGAGAACAGCUUUUUCAUAGAGAAGUAGUAGGUUAAAUUU